AUCAAAAAAUAUACCUCCCAGGGAAACGUAACCCAAGAAAGGCCCCAGGGUAUGAUUGAAAAAGGAAAAGUAGACCUCAGGCUGGAAAGUAGCCCUAGACUAUCACUAGGCCUUGACACUAGUAGCCAACAAAUAUCAGGCAAUAUAGAGAUGGAAAAAGACCUACAAAUACCAAAUAAAAAAGAGAUGGCAGAAAUGUUCAAAGAAUUGGAGAAAACAAUAAAACAAGAAAUGGUAAAUAUUCGAAAUGACCUGGGGCACCUUUUGGUGAGAGUGGAAGAAACGGAGGAGAAAGUUAAAAACCAGACCCAAGCUAUUUCCGAAUUAGAAAAAGAGAUAAUCAAUAUAGGUAAAGUUCAAGAAAAAUUGCUUUAUAAGGCUGAGAUACAAGAAAAUAGGGACAGGAGGAGAAAUAUUAGGAUACGAGGGGUCCCAGAGAACCCAAAAGGAGAAAUUCUGCAAGAGGUGGUUUGUAAAAUAUUAAACUCUAUAAUGGACGGUACUGAUAUGGAAAGGACUAAAAUAGAAGGAAUUUUUAGAAAAGGAAAACUCCAAGGAAAUCUGGGGAAGGAAAGGCCGAGAGAUAUACUUGUUAACUUUUAUGAGCUUCAAGAUAAAGAAAAAAUCUGGAGGAAGAUUAAGGGAAAAUCAGUAAUUAAAUAUGAAGGAAAGGAUAUACAGAUAUAUGCGGACUUGUCACCAGAGACUCUGUGGAGAAGGAGAACCCUGAGACCCCUGUUGGAAAGGUUGAAAGAACAGAAUGUGCAAUAUAGAUGGGGGAUUCCUGAGUGCCUAAUAGGAUGGAAAAAUGGAGGUACAGCAUAUCUCAGGUUCCAAGAAGAUUUGAAAAACUUUUGUGAUAGACUCAAACUACAAAGAAUGGAAAUUCCUGGUUGGGAAGAAGAACACUGGGAAAUUAGAACGAAAAGAAUAGAGGACUGGUAGGGGGGGGGAGGGACGGAAGAAUGGGAGGGAGGGGGGAGGGGGAUGGGAGGAUAA